AGGCCGCUCAGCGUCGAUGGCGGCCCCGGGCCUGAGACGUUGCCUUUUGGCGUUGGCCACAAGCGCCGCAGUCCGGCUCCGGACUUUGGCCGCCUGCUCGGCCUGUGGUAUCGGCCAACGGCAGCAACACACCCGGCUCCUCUCAUCCAGGAAUCGCCCUGAAGGCAAAGUGUUGGAGCCAGUCGGAGUGUUUGAGGCACCCAAACAGCAGGGAAAAUACGAAACAGGUCAGCUAUUUCUGCAUAGCGUGUUUGGUUACCGAGGGAUAGUCCUAUUCCCCUGGCAUGCCAGGCUAUAUGACCGAGAUGUAGCAUCUUGCAGUUCUGACAGUAAAACAGAAAACUCAGGAACUCAAGGUUCCAAAGAGGUCAAAGGCAAAACUCACACCUACUACCAGGUGUUGAUCGAUACCAGGGACUGCCCUCAUAUAUCUCAGAGAUCACAGACUGAAGCAGUGACCUUUCUCGCUAAUCAUGAUGACAGCAGAGCCCUUUACGCUAUUCCAGGUUUAGACUACGUGAGCCAUGAAGACAUCCUUCCUUACAGCUCCUCAGAUAGAAGCCCCAUUCAGCACGAGUUAUUUGAAAGAUUUCUCUCCUAUGACCCUGCAAAAGCUUUGCCAUUUGUUGCCAGAGACACAUUACGUGCCUGGCAGGAGAAGAACCAUCCCUGGUUAGAGCUGUCUGAUGUACAUCGAGAAACGACAGAGAACAUCCGGGUCACAGUUAUACCCUUCUACAUGGGCAUGCGGGAAGCACAGAAUUCCCAUGUGUACUGGUGGAGGUACUGUAUUCGAUUGGAGAACCUUGGGACAGAAGUUGUUCAGCUUCGGGAAAGGCACUGGAGGAUCUUUAGUCUGUCCGGAACAUUGGAGACAGUGCGAGGGAGAGGAGUUGUGGGCAGAGAGCCAGUUUUAUCAAAGGAGCAGCCAGCUUUUCAGUACAGCAGCCAUGUCUCACUGCAGGCUCCCAGUGGUCACAUGUGGGGAACGUUCCGCUUCGAGAGGCCGGAAGGUUCUCAGCUUGAUGUCCGCAUACCGCCCUUCUCCCUGGAGAGCAAUAAAGAUGACAAGGCCCCCCCUGCUGGGUACAGCUGGUAGAGCACCGUCUGCUGGAACCCUGGGCUGACUGGCUGCCAGUGGGAAGAUUCUGCCUGGAACUUUGGUGGGGGUGGGGGUGUGAAAUGAAGUAGAAAAUCUUCCAUUGCCAACCCUUUCCAGAUCUCCCUGGAUCGCUGUAUAAACACCGGUCACAUUACGCCUGUUUUUGCUGAGAAAUUGUUUUGAAAGUGGAGCACGGACUGAAUGAUACUUGUAUCAUUGAAGGAGGGAAUGGGUAGGAGUUGGGGGGAGAAUGGAGUUGUGUGGCCAGAGACUAAGGGAGGGGAAAUGGGGCUUGUGUUCAACAAUCAACACUUUCAAAAUUUUUGUUUAAUUAUGUCAAAAGGGGUUGAGCAAUGGGAUAGGGCAAGUUGCCCAGCAGCUAUCUGGGGCACCUGCCAGCUUGCGCAAGCUUAACAGUGGCUGUUUGGAGCUGGCUGGACUCUAACUGACCAGCCACGGCCUAGUGGUGUCUGUCAUGCUGUGCUCCCUCCUCCAUCCCACUGCUCUCCUGCCAUAAGAGUUAUUAAUAGAUCAGUAAUGUCCGCCAGCGUGUUAAUAUGAAGAUUAAAUGAAAUGAAAGGGUUAAAGCUGGAGCUCUGUCCUUUCAAUUUUGAGGAAACUGCUGGAAUUUAUACUGGAGUGAAAUGACUUUCAAUGCCCAUAGGUGGACAACCUCACUGUUAUAUUGCUACUGCUCACCCUCUGAAAUUCUCAAAAUGCUUUGUGUGUGCAAUAAGUUACCUGGAAGUGUGCAGAGAAACAUGGCAGCCAAUUUGUACACAGUCAGUUCCCACAGGCAUCAGAGAGAUGCACAUCCAGUUGAUUUUAUUUUAGUGACACAAAAGCAAAUUGCUACAAUGUUGGAACUCUGAAAUACUCAGUUCAGACAGGCAAAGACAGGUCAAUCUUUCAUUAGGUUUUGGUCUAGAUAAAAGGUUAUCGGCCUGAAAUGUUAACUCCCGCUCUCUCUCUUUCUCUCUCUUCGAAUGCUGCCUGACUUGCUGGGUUUUCCCAGCAUUUUCAGUUUUUUGAUGAUGCUGGUUAAGAGAGGAUAAUUGGCUCAGGAGAGUGGAGAGAAAACUCCUCUUUCUCAAUAGUGUCAUGAAAUCUUGAACAUCCACUUAAACGACUGGCAGACAGUUGUCAGUUCAACAGCUCCUGCACGAGGAUGGCACCUUCGUUGAUCUCUGCCAGUUUAAGGCCGCAUUCUGUCAUUAAGGUGAAUCACAGAUUACCUUGUGCUGCUGCACUGUACAUGGGAUCUGUAUCAUCCUCCAACCUAGCUACAAGGUGGAAUCAAUUGUACUGUGAUGCUGUAAUUUGAAAUUAAAUCUGUUACAUCCUCCAGCCUUACAAACCUGAGAUCUCUGCAAUUACUCCACCAUAGGUGACUGUUUCUUCAGCUGCCAAGGCCCUAAGCUCUGGAAUUCCCUCCCUAAACCUCUCUAUCACUCUCUCCUUUAAAGGCACUCCUUCAAACCACGUUUUUAGUGUUCUGCCCUUAUAUUUCCUUAUGUGGUUCAGUGUCAGAUUUUAUUUGAUAAUGUUCCUGUGAAGAAGCUUCACUCCUAAACAUGCUAAAUAAAUGCAAGUUGUUGUUUA